UCCCCUGCAGGCAGCCCUUGAAGAAUUUCCAAGGGAACCUAUGGCUCCUUAGAGUAUUAGCCUGAAAUCCUUGAUCUGUCCCAACAGAGCUCAGAGAAGGUCAGUGACUUGCCCAAGGUUCCGCAGAGCCAGCACUAGAACCCAGGUCUCCUGACUCCCAGGCCAGGGCCCUGGAGGCUAGUCCUUUGCCGAAGGGCUAGUGUCACGAGUAAGGACAAGGGGUGGCUAGGCAGCCUCCUCCCGGAUCUCAGCUCCCUUAACUUGGGUCUUGGGAAGAGGGCCAAGACUCUGGUGUGAAUGAUGCUUUUCUCAUCCUGGAGCAACUUCCUUUCUGGGAACUGGGUGUCUCCUUCUGGGCAAAGACAAUAAAAUUCAUCCAAAAGGCCAGAGAAGCAGGGUUCCUCCGGCCCCCACCCGGAUGGGCAUCACGUGGCUCCCAAGUUAGCAGUCCAGGAAAAUUCCAGCCCUUGCACACUUGGCCUCACACACAGCCAUCUGCUCACUCACCCUGGCACACUCAGCCCCCUAACCCACUUUGAACAUUGACCAUCAUUCACUCCCUGGCACACUCUUCUCACCCUCAGCUUCUACCACCUCUCCCUGGGCAAUACUGCCAGCCCUUCCCUCAUCCCAGAGCUGCAGCUCUGCCCUGUCACUCACCUCAAACCUGCCAUGUCCCUGGGGCAACUGAAAUUCCAGGCGGUGGGCGAAGAGGAUGAAGAGGAUGAGGAGGGGGAGAGCCUGGACUCUGUGAAGGCACUCACAGCUAAGCUUCAGCUGCAGACUCGGCGGCCCUCAUAUCUGGAGUGGACAGCCCAGGUCCAGAGCCAGGCCUGGCGUAGGGCCCAAGCCAAAUCUGGACCAGGGGGACCUGGGGCCAUCAGUGGCUUCGACUCAAUGGACUCCGCCCUUGAGUGGCUCCGAGGAGAGCUGCGGGAGAUGCAGGCGCAGGACCGGCAGCUGGCAGGGCAGCUGCUGCGGCUGCGGGCCCAGCUGCACCGGCUGAAGAUGGACCAGGCCUGUCACCUGCACCAGGAGCUGCUGGAUGAGGCCGAGCUGGAGCUAGAGCUGGAGCCCGGGGACGGCCGGGCCCUGGCCCCACUGCUGCGGCACCUGGGCCUCACGCGCAUGAACAUCAGCGCCCGGCGCUUCACACUCUGCUGAGGAACACCUGUGGGCCGCCCCUCCUCCCGCCUCCCCACCCCCUCUCCCACUGCCGCUUCCCCUGCCUGCCUGAGAAGAGGGAAGGGAGGGGUGCCCCAGAGGCACCAGCUCCUGGCGGGGGAGCAGAAACAUUCAGGCUUCUGAGCGCUGAAUUCCAAGAGUGCAAAACCCUAGCAUCCUGUUUCCUCUGCUGCCAGCUGGGCGGGGGAGGAGGAGGAGCUCACACCCACAAACUCCUCAAUAAACGCCCUGUCCGCUUCCCAU